AUGGCAGCGAUCAAUGGAUCUGACGAUUGCCAGUCUUACUCGAAAACUAAGAUUGCAUGUGAUGCUUGCUUGGUCGACAAACUUUCACAUACAGCCGAGGGAUAUUGUCUCGAGUGUAACGAAUAUCUGUGCAAGUCCUGUAUUGAUGCGCAUCGACGAGUUCGGGUUUCAAGAAAGCAUCAUAUCAAACAUGGAAAUGAAAUACCGCGAAACAAACCCAAAGAAAGUCUACAAUCCGUUGCUAGUAAAUGCAACUUGCAUGCUGACAAGCAAAUCACGGCCAUUUGUAUAUCACACAAUCAACUCUGCUGUGAUCAGUGUGUGGUUCUGGGGCACAAAGUUUGCGCUGAUGUUAACUCUCUAAGCGAUGCUUCAAAAGAUUUCAUUGGUAGCGAAGAUUUAAAAACGACCACCGAUAAAUUGAAGAAUCUUCAAAUUGCCUACACUGAGAAAAUGAAAUUAGCUAAAAAAAAUUUAAAUGAAGUUGACGUUUAUUACAAAAAGGCGAUCGAGGAGUUUAAAGCAGAAGUUGACAAAAUAAAACAGGCAGAUACCAACAAGCUGAAUGCUAUAAUCAACACUUAUGACCAUGUUAUCAGUCAAUUCACAUCUUGGAUACACGAUAUCGAUGUACACAAGAACGCUGAGGAGAUUGAGGAACUGUUUUGUCUGGUAUGGAGAACACAACAUGAGCUUGACAACAUCGAGAACAAUGUUCGCAAAUUAUGCACCGAUGACAGUAUUGUAAGUUAUGAGUUUCAAUCGGACAUAUCUCCGCUUGGUCGUCUUAUAAAAACUACACACCUCAUCAAAACGGUAAAUAUAAAACAUGCAAGUGAUGCAUCAACGUGUAGUAUUGCAGAUAUAGGGAUGUUGAAAGAAAACCUGAUGCUAGUCACAGACUAUGGCAACUCAAGCCUGAAGAUAUUUAAUUCCGAUACAGAUGUCCUUGUUUCAUUCGCCAAACUACCAUCAAACCCAUGGCAAAUGUCAGUUACAGAGGAAGGUGAGGUAUACGUAGCACUUUAUAGCCAACUCAAAAUACUCCACCUGAAGUCUCCCGCAACAGACAUCACCAAGUACCGGGAGAUAAACGUAGACGGUGAAUGUUACGCCGUAGAAUGUUUCAACAAAACCCUGAAAGUCCAGUGUUUCAAUCCUGCCAAAACAAUAGAAGUGGACGGAGAUGGAAAGCUCGUUAGAGUGAUCAACAACGACUUAAGUAAGGAAACUACCGAAAAUGGAGAACAAUUUGUUUCAUCUCCACUCUGGUCAACACAAGAUCCAGCAACUGGUUCGAUGUACGUAUCAUGUCAUAUCAGACAUUCGAUAACAGAAAUAAAAAGUGACGGCAAUGUUAAGUUACUUGUGAAGUCAGACAAGCUGAAUAAUCCAUAUGGGUUAUGUAUGGACAGUGAUGGUUCAAUCCUCGUAUGUAGCUACAGUAGCAAGGAUGUGUUUAGGGUGAAGAGGAAUGGAGACAUCCAGAGUGUUUUACCACAACCUCUGGACUUUAACCCUAAGGCAGUGGCUCUUGAUAAACGAACAAAUAAGUUGUAUGUAUUAGGAUAUUCGGAUAAACUGUAUGUUUUUCAGAUUUAA